GCGGGGGCGCCUGCUGGAACGCAGCGGGGCGAGCGAGCAAUGUUUGGUGGGCAUCCAUGAUGGCGGCCAGUGCGCGGCGCUCCGCUCGGCGUUCUGUGUAAGGCAACGGCUCAGCGCGGAGAGGCGGCGACCAAGCAUGAAGGGAACGCGCGGGUCACGGCGCCUCGUCUUGUGUGCAGUGUCUAUAGACAGAUAGUAAGGGAGACCAUGUCCUGGGGCGGCGGCGGAGGGAGGCUGGCGGCGGGAGGGCUCUACGGGGAUGGCUACAACCAACCCCAUCACCAGCAGCAGCAGGUGGGCGUGGGCGUGGACGUGGGCGUGCAGGAGGUGAUAGCGCGGGCGCUGGAGACGUGUGAGACCCACCACCAGUUCAUCGCCUCGCAGGCAGAGCACCUGGAACGCCUGAGGUCGCAGUGUGCCACCAGCGCCCAGCUCACGCAGCAGGAGAUCCGCACGCUCGAGGGCAAGUUAGUGAAGCUGUUCAGCCUACAACUUGUAACCAAGCGGCACUUACCCUCGGGUGUGCCCUUACCUCGUGAGCUGCAGCUUUACCCCUCGCUCAAGCAAUGGCUGCAAGUGGUUGGACUCUGCAAAGAUUCUGUUAUUGGUAUGUGCCAGAGAGUCUCCACACUAGAAGGAUUACUUGAAAAAAGAGAAAAUGAAUUACGUAACAUCCUCAAUGAUUAUGGAGCCGACAAAAGUGAAGCCCAUAAGCUGGCAAGGGCCAUGCAUAAUCUCAAACGAUACACAGAGAUACAAAUGCAAGGUCAGGCAGGAGACCCAAACAACUCAGACCUGCCUUUAUACUGGGACUCUUGGGAGAACUGCCCUCCUUCUCCUCGAGCCUCUACCCGAGCACAGAGAGAGUGUCGCUCGUCUGUGUCCUCGUCUGAUGGAGAUGGUGGGAGUGUCACCAGUGGCAGUACUAGUGGAGGAGCAUGGAGUGGAGAUGGGAGUCGAGCCAGCAACAAAGGGGCACCAGUCAGUCAACGUAGUAGUGAUGACUCUUCCACUCCUUCCUCACCCCCUCCUCCUUUGUCCCUAGUUCCUCCACUAAGUCCUGGUGGGCCACUCCACACUUCCUCCACUCUAAACCUUCCUGGGAGUAUCACAGUCUUCUCUGAGAAGCGAUAUACUCCUCCCCCAACUCCUAGUAUUAUCCCAAAGGGCAAGAGUUCAGGUGACAAGAAAUUCCCAACAACACCUCCUCCAGGCAAGAAAUACCAAACUGGCCUCUUAAAUCCCCUGCAGCCAUCUUUAGGACGUUCUACAUCGCAUGAGUCACAGCUUGCGCCAAGGGCUGAAGGUCAUGAACAGCAGUCUUCAGCACUUCUCAGAAAGCUUAAUCACUUCUGGUUGGGUGGCAGCUUGGAGCAACUUGUGACUCGAAGGACGCGCCUUCACUCAGAGUCUGAGGCUUCAGCAGACAACUCUGGCAAGAGGGUGGAUGGGAGCCGGACCAGAACGGAGGUGCGGGACCUAAAGACACCUCAGAACUCUCCAGCACCUUCGACUCUUGCCAGCCCCAUCAAGUCACCUCACUACCCAGAUCCUGCCAAAGAUGACAGUCAUAUAAUGAAAACUACUCUUUCAGUACCAAAGUCUCCACGCACCCCUACUCUAGCUGGUUCAAUGGGUCACAAUGUGCAGCAUCGCUUCAUAAAGACGAUCAAGUCUGCCACUUGUGGUUACUGUCAUCACAAGUUUUCUAUUUUAGGUGGUCUGAGGUGCAAGGAGUGCAACUACAAGUGUCAUCGUGAAUGUGAGCCAAAAGUGCCACCUUCCUGUGGAUUGCCACAAGAGUUGCUCAUACUAUUUGCUGAUACUUGGAAGAAGGUUGGUAUGGAUGGAAGUGGUGGACUGCACAGAGGAGGCACUCCAGGAGUCUCUCCUUCUCACCAUCAUACAAAUGAUGUCUUCUCUCCUCUACGGGUCGGCCAGAUGUCCAACUCUCAGCCGUCCAUUAGCAUACCAUCCUUCCAGGACCCCAAUUCCAGUUCGAACACAUCCAGCUGCAACUCCUCAACCCCCUCCAGCCCAGCCCUCAUCAUUUCAGCCUCUCCUGCAAGGCAUGAUGCAUUCCAUUUUCCAACCACUCGAGGAUUCCAUUUCCCAGGCAAAGCAAGGGAGGUGAAUGAGGACUGUGGGGACAUUCCCCUGGAUAUGCGGCUUAUUUCACCCCGACCCCCUACCAAGGCCCCUAUAUCAGCUUCCUCCACCCAAAGUGAUGUGAUAGACUCAAGACAGUCUCAUGAUUCUGACCGCACUGUGUCACAAACCUCAGGGUCUGGCAGUACUGGCACUGAUGAUUCUGAGCGCACAAUAGCAGGUCGUGUAGAUUCGCAAGAUUCCACAGUAUCUGAUGGAGAAAAUGCAGAUCCGCGAUGUACUCGUCAGAACAGUGUCAGUAGUGUGUCCCAGUCUCUCCGAGAAUGGGAUAUUCCCUACGAUGAACUUGAUAGAGGAGAAGUCAUUGGACGAGGAAGAUUUGGCAUUGUAUAUUCAGGAAAUUGGCAUGGACAAGUGGCUAUAAAAGAGUUGCGAAUGGACUAUGUUAAUGAUGAGAAAACUCUUGAAGCAUUUAAGGCAGAGGUGAGCACUUUCCGCAAGACCCGGCAUGAGAAUUUGGUCCUGUUCAUGGGUGCAUGUAUGAAGCCCCCAAGACUGGCCAUAGUGACAAGCCUAUGCAAGGGCAUGACACUCUACAAACACAUUCAUGUACUGAAAGACAAAUUCAAUAUGUCACGCACCAUCUUGAUUGCUCAGCAAAUUUCACAGGGUAUGGGCUACCUUCAUGCAAGGGGCAUCGUUCACAAGGACCUUAAGACCAAGAAUAUAUUCCUGGAGAGUGGCAAGGUUGUCAUCACAGACUUUGGUCUCUUCAAUGUUACGAGACUCUGUCACGAUAGCAGACGAGGCAACUGGUUAAGUAUUCCUCCUGGUUGGUUGUGUUAUCUCUCCCCUGAGGUCAUGAGAAACUUGCGUGUGAUACAGAAACAAGACGAUGGCCUUCCUUUCACCACAUAUUCAGAUGUUUAUUGUUUCGGUACUGUGUGGUAUGAAUUAUUAUGUGGUGAAUGGCCCCAUAAAGGCCUUCCUCCAGAGGCCAUAAUAUGGCAGGUUGGACGUGGAAUGAAGCCUUCCUUGGCACAUCUGCAGGCUUCACGGGAUGUUAAGGACAUACUCAUGGCCUGCUGGAGUUACCGGCCGGAUGAAAGGCCAGAGUUCUCCACCAUGUUGAACAGCUUGACAAGGCUUCCUAAGAAGCGGCUCCACCGCUCCCCUUCCCAUCCUAUCCACCUCUCACGUUCUGCAGAGAGCGUCUUGUAGACAUCGGAUUUCAAGUCGUGAAGACAUGAUGCAACUGUGGUUGAAUUUGGAGAGUAAGUCACCUUGUGCUGCAAUAUUCAGACUUUUAUUUUUUUCUGAUGUGUUUCUUAUUUUCUUUGUUGUCUUACUUUGUUCCAAUGAAUUUUAAAGCAGCCAAAAGUGAAUGCAGCAAGUGUGCACAACACUGAUUUGGGAUUGGAUGGUGUUAGGAUAAGCAUUUUUCCAAAUAUGUUUGUCCUUAGAGAACAUGCAGAUAGGAUGUAGAAGCACAAACCUUCUGCAGUUUUUACUACUAGUGGUGGGUGACAAAAGUGUCACUUUUGUUUUCUGUUAGGAAAUUAGAUUUUGUGCUCAAUUUUGCUCUGCAAUUUUGCUGCUUACUACUUUAUGUUUGUAAAAUCUGUAUAAUGAAUCUUGAAAGUAAGACUUAAAAGGGAAGAAAUGAGAAACUGUAAUAAGUAUGUAAUAAGUAUUUUUUCUCAUACUAAUGGAAAUUCUGUUUAUUGGGAAGAUGAUAAUAUGUUAUUUAUUCAUAAUGUACUUUAAAAGAACCCUCCCAGUACAAGAAUGCUUGGUAUCAACACAGAGUAAGCAUGUAUUCUUGAUAAUGUAGUCUAUUAUAUGAAUCCUUUCUAUUCAAGCUGUUUAGUCUAAAUUAUAGUGUUGUUUUAAUUUAUUGAUGGAAACUUGAAUUUGAAAUUAAUAUGCAUGCGUUAGAAUGAAACAAAAAUAUUUAUAAGGAAUAUGAAGCAGUCGGGUAGUGACUGAGAUCAGAAAGUUUAAAACUAGGAAGAAGUCUUUGUAAAAUGGUUUCCAGAUUGAAACAACUUUAAACUUACUAGUUAAUAAUACAAGUCCAACAUUUUCUAGUCAGCCAAUGUACACUAGAGAGUUUCCUGCAGUAGAUCAAGCUAUAUUUAUACAUUUUUUGAUAAGCACUCAUGGACCUUGCGCAGGACUUCAGUGAGGUAAUUAUUUGUGUUGUGAAGUAGAAGUAGAACAGAUUCUGAAACACCAAUAGGCAAGUUGUGGUAAAACAGAUAAAGAGAUGAAGAACAUUCACAGGGCAUUGAGCACUUCACCAUUUAAUUGUCCAGAGUGUGUCACUACAGCGUUUCAGAAUUUGGCCAAAUGUACUUUGUCAAGACCUGCAAUAUGUUGAUGAUUGCUUGUCAUAUCAUGUAUGUGAUGAAAGGAGUUGUACUCCAGUUUAAUUUUGAUUGACCUUGAAGAACCAGUGGGUGGAUAGACUUAAUAGGUCUACACAGGAUGGAAAAUCCAUAGGCCAGUCAGCAGUAAUGCUGACAUUAUUUUGAGCAUUUAACUUGUAUAAAUUGACUAUGAAGUUUGUUUUGCCAUCAGAGAGGCCCCACUUGAGAAAUAAUAACUUGUCAAGAAAAAGUAUGUCAAUUAUGCAUAUGAUUGGCACUGUCUAUGAAGGAGCAGACAGAGGUACUACCAAGACAGUGGGCAAGGUCACCAAGCCAUGGCCAGUAGAAGUCAUGACAAGAGGCCAAACUUUCUUGUCUGGUAAAACUCAAGUUGAUUUGUAGUGUUCCAAAUGCAAGAGUCCACCAACAUCAGUGGUCUGCAUCCAAAGAUCCAUUAAUAUCUUGAUAAAUAAAGAAAAAUUACAUGUCAAUUGUAUUUCAGUGUAAAUGCACAGCACCUUAUUAAGCAUUGUCAAUGCUGUUACAAUAUUGUUUAGUUUCAUUUUAUUAUUUGUAAAUGAGAUAUGUUUAACAAGUGAUAGAGUUUGAAUUCAAGUCAUUAUGAUAAGCGUCAUUGAUAAAUUAGCCUCUAAGUGGCUACUGAAACUAUUUAUGCACUCUUCAAAGUCCAGUUUUCGCUGUGUUAUUGUCCUGUUUGUAAUAUUUGUAAUACAGUUGAAUCUUGGUAAUUUCAUCUACUGAUUUAUAUACUGUUUAUUCAUUCCAACCUGUAUUUUCCUUACAGAAGCUUUGGAUGAAGAAUGUAUUGAGUGAUUGUAUUGCUUUACAGUUUGUUGCCACAGAUCCACAGUUGGAGUUACCAAGUUUUUCCUGUACUUGUAUGCUCUUCUAUCUUAGUGUUUUCAUAUGCAUCAUGUGCUUUUUUGGUGGAGACUGAUGAACAGUUUUCCUUCAUGACACUUUCAUUCAGGAUGUGUUCUAAAGGAUCCACUAAAGUAUUAUUACAUUAUAUUUGCAAGUCGAUGUUUACUUUAGCAUUUCAACUGCACAUUUUCUCUUCCUCUCCAGUCCUCCUCCAAGCCAUUCUCCCCUCCAAAAGCCUUUCUAUAUCUGAACUUAGAAUAGCACCCUUCAUCCCCAUUCCCCAGUAACUAUAAUUGUAGGACCACCACAGCCUUCUCUGAUCCCUUCAUCUUUGGUCCUUGUCAGAAGCUCAAGGCUAAUACCUUGUACCAGUAUACCUUGUUCCAUCCUAUACCUCUGUCCUGACCUCAUGACCUCAAAUACAUGUUCAUUUUCUCUUCUUUUUCCAGGUUAAUUGAUAACACAAAUGGAUACUUAUUUGUUAGAUAUUUUUCUUAGUUUUCUGAUACAAGCUUGAGGAUAGUUGUGAACCAGAUCUUGUUUUUAGUAUACAUGAAACCAGUGGAUGACAGAUCUGAUUGACAUCCAUCUCUAAACUUGUAAUUGUGACAUCAAAAGAAAACAGAACUUGUAUAUUGCAGGUUUCUGUUGAUAUUCUACAGCAUAACAUGUUUGUGGAAAUGUUUAUGUACUUUCCCAAUGAGAAGUUCAGACUGUAUUAACCUGGCUAUUGAAGUUUAUCUCUUCAUAAGAUAUUUCACGUUCCAUUUGAUUUCACGAGUUUAUAAUUUGUAUUUAAAAAAGUGCUGUCUCAAAGGGUCCAGGCUGGAUUUUUUUUAUGCCAUUCUUCACAUUUAUUUCCUCAGAUGUUUUUACCCUUGAGUCCUUAACCAAGACACGGGUUCCUCAUUCACGGGCUCCUCAUUAGGUAGGGUUGUUGCUGUAUCCUUGUUGCUGCUCGGUGUUUUAUAUGCCAAGCUUUUUUCUUGUAGUAGGUGUUUAUGUAUGUGUGGAGUCUGUCUUCAGCUUUUUCUCUUAAA